AUGGCUCAUCAGGUCGAAGCGCAGCUCAAGGAUGUGGCCAUCCUCGGCAACGUGAGCAGUGAGGCCCGCAAGAUCCUCACAAAGGAAGCCUGUGCUUUCCUCGCUGUCUUACAUCGAACCUUCAACCCUACCCGCAAAGCCCUCCUCCAACGCCGCGUUGAUCGUCAGGCCGAGAUUGACAAGGGCCACCUCCUCGACUUCCUCCCAGAGACCAAGCACAUCCGCGAUGACCCCAGCUGGAAGGGCGCUCCCCCAGCGCCUGGUCUCGUUGACCGUCGUGUUGAGAUUACCGGUCCUACCGACCGGAAGAUGGUUGUGAACGCGCUGAACUCGGAUGUCUGGACAUACAUGGCUGAUUUCGAGGACUCCAGCGCCCCCACCUGGGACAAUAUGAUCAACGGUCAGAUCAACUUGUACGAUGCCAUUCGCCGCCAGGUCGACUUCAAGCAAGGCCAGAAGGAGUACAAGCUUCGCACAGACAGAACCCUACCAACCCUGAUUGCUCGCGCUCGUGGCUGGCACCUCGAGGAGAAGCACUUCACUGUCGAUGGCGAGCCCAUCUCUGGCAGCCUGUUCGACUUUGGUCUGUACUUCUUCCACAACGCAAAGGAGUUGGUGUCCCGCGGGUUCGGCCCUUACUUCUACCUGCCCAAGAUGGAGUCCCACCUCGAGGCGCGUCUGUGGAACGAUGUUUUCAACCUCGCCCAGGACUACAUUGGCAUUCCACGCGGCACCAUCCGUGGUACUGUUCUGAUUGAGACCAUCACUGCUGCGUUUGAGAUGGAGGAGAUUAUCUACGAACUCCGUGACCACAGCUCCGGUCUCAACUGCGGCCGCUGGGAUUACAUCUUCUCCUUCAUCAAGAAGUUCCGCCAGCACCCCAACUUUGUCCUUCCCGACCGCUCAGAUGUCACCAUGACCGUGCCCUUCAUGGACGCCUACGUGAAGCUUCUCAUCAAGACCUGCCACAAGCGUGGUGUUCACGCUAUGGGUGGAAUGGCCGCUCAAAUUCCCAUCAAGGACAACGCCGAGGCCAACGAAAAGGCUAUGGAUGGUGUUCGCGCUGAUAAGCUCCGUGAAGUUCGUGCAGGCCACGACGGCACAUGGGUUGCGCACCCGGCUCUCGCCUCCAUCGCUGUCGACAUCUUCAACAAGUACAUGCCCACCCCGAACCAGAUGCACGUCCGUCGCGAGGACGUCCACAUUACCGCCAACGACCUUCUCAACACCAACGUUCCCGGCAAGAUCACCGAGGCCGGUAUCCGCAAGAACCUGAACAUCGGUCUCUCCUACAUGGAGGGUUGGCUCCGUGGUGUCGGAUGUAUCCCUAUCAACUACCUCAUGGAGGACGCCGCCACCGCCGAAGUCUCCCGCAGCCAGCUCUGGCAAUGGUCGCGCCACGGCGUCACCACCUCCGAGGGCAAGAAGGUCGACAAGGCAUAUGCUCUGCGCCUGCUCCAGGAGCAAGCCGACGAGUUGGCUGCCAAGGGCCCCAAGGGCAACAAGUUCCAGCUCGCUGGGCGGUACUUUGCCGGCCAGGUGACGGGUGAAGACUACGCAGACUUCCUGACCAGUUUGCUGUACAACGAGAUUUCCACACCAGGCGCUGCGUCGAAACUCUAA